CCAAGCUAACAUCAUCAGUCGAUUCUUCGGUUCGGGGAAAAGAAGAGCACAUUCGCCCGGCAAAAUGAUGCAGAUUCCUGGCAAUGGCGUUUACUCUUUCCAACAUGAUUCUGCUUGUCUUAAGGCUGGUAUAUGGACUAUCGCUAUAUUUGGGUUUAUCUCCUGGGUUGCAUGUAUUGGGGUGGCAGCAGGAUUGUGCUUCGAGCCUUAUGCAAGUCUAACAACUAUGUUCAUCGGGUUCCUGCUAGUUCUAGUGAACGUCUCCUACAUCUUCUUGACAUUGGCAAUUACAUCCAUCUUAUCGUAUGGCGACGGCUCGUCUCACGAAGACCUGAAGAACCUUCAACGCGCGACCUUCAGGUUAAUGGCUGCCACUCUCGUAGGGAUUGGUGUCAGCGUCGCUACCAUUAUUAACUUCACAGUCUAUUAUUACCGUUAUUAUGAUUCCCCUUUUGUCGCACUGGGAAGCAGCUUCUCAUUUAUUUGGCUAUUAAUUCUAGGUCCCUUGACUCAACGAUAUCACAAUAAAUGGAAUGCCUUCCUGAAAUUUGGCGCGGGUCCAGUUGUCCAAGGAUUCCCGCAACCACAGGCAGCUGCUUACCCAGUGACAUCACUUGAAAUGCCCCAGCAACAGGCAACAACAGGUACCGGAAGUCCCGGGCAAGCUGAAUUGAGAACUGGAUACUAAUCAGGAUAUGUAUCCAGAGUAGCGUCAGCUGCACACGACUUCGUCUUCUUCCAAGGACCAGAAAUAUCAUGAGGCCAAAAUUGCAGUUACACUUUACUCCACAGAUGCUUUUUCAAAACUAAUCGUUUUUAAAAAUUAUAUAGUUUCUGGAUUAUAUGCAACUGUAUCAAUAGUUCCCAUGUGAUUUUAAAUACAUUUAUAAUUGCAAGAUAAUGUGGCAAAUAGCUCUGAUCUGUUCUGUUACAUCUCCCUGAAAUCUUCUAGCAUCCUGAAGUCAAGCUUGGCGCUGAGUAAACAUUUUUCCUAUGCAAGUGCAAAGCUGACGUAACACAUGUUCUUUAAGAUAAUGCAGCAUAAGUAUAAACAAGCAAAAUUUCAAUAGUGUUCUUAUAUUGAAGGAAACAUGUAGCUUUGUACAUUGCUUUGUCUCAAGAUGAAAUAUAGUAUCAAAGAACUUUCUGGUGGCACAGGGCCGUGAAAUCAAGCUUUUGGUGUCAAAAGAUCAAACAUGAAUACCAUGUACAUUGAGAAGUGUUCAAAAUUUAGCCAGGGAAAGGCAGCUUACUGUUCAACCCUUUUGAUGUGUGGAGUAACUUACUUGUUAGUCAUUCAGAUCGAUCUAGUUCAUGUGUAAACUGAUAAAGUAGAUACCGAUGUAUAGUUUAUUAUUAUGUGUGAACUCCAGAUAUUUUGGAAAGAUUUACUAGCAACUACUCGGUAAGUAAUCCUAUUUUAAGUUGUUGGGUAUUUAAAUAGUAUAUCCGAGUAAUGAUUAAGCAGCAUUCAUUCAACUUGUAUGUUUUCUUUGCACCAAAUCUUUGUCGUUCUUGCGUGUUUGGAACUGCUCAGUAGAACGUUUGUUCGACAAUUAAACGUUUGACAUAUCUGGGGUAAUUUUCAAUCGCUGUGUUUUGUCAUUUUGCUUAUUGAUGUUUCUUAUAUUUGUAAUCAUCUUUUGUGGGGAUGUACUGAGCUAUUGCAAUAAUUUUUAUAAAGCAUAUUUCAGUUAAUAAAUACUAGUUGGUAUCAAAUUAUAAAGCUUAACAAGCCAAGACAGUGAUGAAGAAAGUAUAUCUACUUAUCAAAACUCAUUCAACUUAUUAUAAGCAUCAGUAAGCUCAGUUAUAUAUAUUACAUAAUUUUUGUUGGUGUAUACCGUUGAUGUCAGGAGAUUUUAAGACCUUAUUUUUCAAUAAAUGUUUAUCUCUUU